GAAAACGAAGUGUUAUCACAGCGUUCUCUGGAAUAUAACCGGGGUGAAAAUAGGAAGUGACAGCGGGAGGUGUGACAAUGUGUGAAAUAUGAAAAGCUGAGCGCUGAAGGCUUGAACGCUCAGAGCGCUGCUUUCGAGCGUCACAUUCACCGGGAACUACAAGGAGAACAAGAUGACGACUCCUAACACUGACUUUAUGACUGUUGGAAAUAACAGCCCUGCCAACACAUUCCUUGACUCAGAGUUCCGUUACACUCUCUUUCCUAUAUUCUAUGGACUGGUCUUUCCCUUGGGGUUGAUGGCCAACUGCUACGCUCUUUAUGUGCUGCACCAUAUGCGGGAGUGUAAAGCCAUGAAUGAGAUUCGAAUCUACAUGACCAAUUUGACUGUUGCAGACCUGCUGUUUGUGGUCGCUCUACCGUUCUGGAUUGACUACUACAAGAAUCACGGCAACUGGAGGAGCCCAGAAUUCCUCUGUAGUAUCACAGGCUCUCUUUUCUUCAUCAACACAUACUGCUCUAUUCUCUUCCUUGCUGUCAUCAGCAUUAACCGUUACUGGGCCGUUACCAGGCCACUGGUGGCUGCUUCUUCUGAUUCCUGGAAACGUGGAGCAAUCAUCUCAGCGCUCAUCUGGGUCAUCACUCUUGUAGCUUCAAUUAUAUAUCUCACUAAUCCGGGAAUCCAGAAGGACAAGAACAAGAACAUUUUUCGCUGUUUUGAGGGUUAUCAAAACGAGGAAGACUCUGAAAUAAAAAGAGUGGCCUUCACCCACUUCAUCAUUAUUGCCGUGUUCUUUCUUGUUUUCUUGAUGGUGAUUGUCUGCAACAUUUUGAUUGCUCGAGCUCUUCUAAAGCAGCCCAUCAGUCAGCCUCGAGCCAGCACAGGAAAGCGUCCCGGUGGUACUAAGCGCAGAGCUUUGAGGAUGCUGUGUACUGUCACAGGCGUCUUUGUGAUCUGUUUCCUCCCCCACCACGUGGUGCAGGGACCCUGGGUGUUGUCUGUGCUGCACUUGAGGAAAGAUUGGGAAGACAAAACUCACCAAAGAUUAAACGAUGCUCACCAGAUCACCCUCAUGCUUAUGGGGCUCAAUUGCCUACUGGACCCGCUGGUGUAUUGCUUCGCCACUACAAUGUUCCGCAAGUACAUCCAGAACCAUUUCACAAAGGAGUUACCGUGAGACUGGGCAAAUGAUGACAGAACUUUCAUUUUUAGGUAAACCAUCCCUUUAAAUGGUAAUCAAAUUAUUGACAUGAUCUUCAGUUGCUGCCCUUUGCAGAUAAACGAGAUAAUUCCAUCUCUUCAAAUUGUUCAAUGCAUAUGAUAAAUGCUUUAUAUACUGAAAUAUUAAGCUUCUUCCACCUGAUAUUUGAUUCAUGUAUUAUAAUAUUGUCUUUUAAAGAAAAAAAUCACCGAAAAAGGAAUGUGCAUGAUGCCUUUAAAUGUUUGCACUUGUGUAAGUGAAAUAUCUAUAUUGGUUAGAAAAGCAUAUUAUCUGUAAAAGGGUUGUUAUUUUUGAUAAGAUGUGGUGUUCAUUCUUGUGUUGAACAAAUGAAAACAUGAUGUCAUAUCAGUAGACAGUCUUCUCUAGAAUAAGGAUGACAAAUGAGCCAAGAGGAUGCUGUGGUAGUUCUGACCAAACCAAGAGGUGAUAAGAACAGAAGACAGCUCAAUUGUUAUUUUAGACAAUGCAGAUGACAGAGCUUCACUGUCUAUCUUAAAUAAGGGAGAGAUUGUGGUGCUGCUGAGGAGUUUGGAAUAUCAGGAAUAUAAAUUGCUCUUCGUCAAAUUGCUCUUGAUAGUUUAUUUCUGUCUCAUGUUAAUAUGACAACACAUAUUUAUUGUACUACAUUGGUUGUUUUGAAGUAGCUCUGUGAGGAGCAUUCCUGUGGGCCAGUUCUUAUGCCACAAAGGAAACCCAAGUAUUAUUUUGCAGUGGUUUGAUUUCCAGAAUGGGGAACUUGAACCACACAUCCCCUGGAAAUGUGCACUUAAACUUUGAAAUUACCAAUAAACUGCCCUUUUCUUGAUCUCUUA